AUAAACAUAAAAGAAAAACACUUCCCUUUCUACACAAUUCCAGGCUGCAUUUAUUAAACCUUCAGGAGACAAACUCAAAAGAUAAACAACUGAGUUGCAACUGAAGAGGCAAUGGCAUCAACUGUAAUGGCAGCUACUGCUAGCUCAAGCUCUGUGCUUAGGCCAACCCCAUUUCUUGGCCAAAGAGGGUCAAGUGCUAACCCUCUUAAAGAUGUUGUCUCCAUGGGAAAUGGGAAAUAUAUCAUGGGAAAUGAGUUAUGGUAUGGACCAGAUAGAGUGAAGUACUUAGGACCCUUUUCAGCUCAGACUCCUUCUUACCUGAAUGGAGAGUUUCCAGGUGAUUAUGGAUGGGAUACUGCUGGUUUAUCAGCUGACCCUGAAGCCUUUGCCAGAAACAGGGCUCUUGAGGUAAUCCAUGGAAGAUGGGCUAUGCUUGGAGCACUAGGCUGCAUUACCCCAGAAGUUCUUGAGAAAUGGGUUAAAGUUGACUUCAAAGAACCAGUAUGGUUCAAAGCCGGAGCUCAGAUAUUCUCUGAAGGUGGUUUGGACUACUUGGGCAACCCCAACCUUGUCCAUGCACAAAGCAUUCUUGCAGUUCUUGGAUUCCAGGUUGUCCUUAUGGGACUUGUUGAAGGAUUCCGCAUCAACGGUCUUCCUGGAGUUGGAGAGGGCAAUGACCUUUACCCUGGUGGCCAGUACUUCGAUCCUCUUGGCCUUGCCGAUGAUCCUGUUACUUUUGCUGAGCUCAAGGUGAAGGAAAUCAAGAAUGGCAGGCUAGCCAUGUUCUCCAUGUUUGGCUUCUUUGUUCAAGCUAUUGUAACUGGAAAGGGUCCCUUGGAAAAUCUCUUGGACCACCUUGACAACCCUGUUGCCAACAAUGCUUGGGUCUAUGCCACUAAGUUUUCCCCUGGAUCAUAAGUUAAAAGGUUAGAGUGGAAAGCCUGCCUAGAUAUCAUGGAUCUUGUACUACUAAAUUCAAAACAUGGCUAUGUUGUUAGGAUCUAAUGUAAAUUUUCAUUCAAUGGCAGUGCUUCUCUUCUUUACCAUGA